AUGGCGAUAAUCAUAGGAGCCCUCAUGGCAGUGGGAUGCGGUAGCGCACCUGCGCAACAACAACCCAUCUCCGAAGAAGAGCUCCGGCAGCAGCCAGCCCGUGGAGCCGAAGCAGCAAAGCCCCAAGUAGCACCAAUAACGGGCUACACCGCGAACUGGGCAGCACAGCAAGCAGGCCUGCCGCCUUCCGUGCCUGGCGAACAAAACGUUUCUGCGUCACAGUCAACAGCCGCUGUCGCGCCGAGGAAAGGAGCUCUUCCGGAUCAGUAUGAUGAUAGAAGGCAAUACUACUACUAUUCUGAUGAUGACGAUGACGAGACGGCAGGGUGUUUCAGUUUCUAUUGGGGCGAGCCUACACCCAGUGGCAAGCGGUACCUCCAGAGGGGCAAGAAGAAAUCGAAUCGUCAAAUUCGUCCCUGA